AUGAAAUUUCAUGGUUCUAUUGGUCGGGAUAUUGAUGAGUGGGAGGAGAUAGGAAUUGAAAAAUAUGUGAUUACCAAAGUGAUUAAGGAGAUUAGAUUCUUCGUGCAGAAACGGAAGUUUAACUGCGGUCGUCAACUCCAGUUCAAUGAACCUGAAACAAACAAAAAACUGCCUACAGGCAUCAAACGAAAAAAAAACAAAUUCAACAGAAUUAACUGCAACCUGAUCCGAGAUAACUUUACAUUUUAUUUAAUUUCUUGUUUGUUAAUAUUCAUAACACAUCAGUGCUCUACAAAAUUGAAGUCAUUAAAGGCAUCAAUGAAAGCCACUGAAGUGUAA